AUGCGGUCCCCUGUGCCACGGCCAAAGGUGACGUGCGAGCCGUACAAGCAGCAGUUCCACUUCAUCCACGCCGAGGCGCCGUUGCCACAUGAUGGCCACCGGGCUGGCGGCGGCGGCGACGACGACCGGGCCAUUACAGUAGCGUCGGCGCCGAACGAAGAGCGCCUGCGCGGUGUCCUUGCCGAGGUACCAGCCACGGCACGUUGCGACCUAGCAAGCAAGACUCCUCACGAGAAAGCGGCCGGCCACAGGCAGCGGCGUGGUUGCUCGGCCCGGCACCGGAGGAAGAGGAGCAUCAAGCAAGGCCGGCAUGACGACUGGUGGCUCGCGGCGCUCUCAGCAGCGAGCCCAGUGACGAUGAUGGAGAUGGCCGGGGGGCUCGCUGCUGAGAGCGCCGACGCCUUCGACCAGUUCCUGCGGUACUACCUGCCGGACGGGCCUCGCCUGCCGGCGCACCGGUCGUCCGGGGCUUUCCCCCCGCUCGAGGCCGGCACCUGCGCGCUCGGCGUGCUGACCCUCGGCCGCACCGUCGGCGACCCGGGCCUCCAGCGGCACAGCGUGAGCCUGUGCGGCGACGCGCUCGGCUUCGCGCGGCGGCUGAUCGCCCGGACGACGCUGGACAACGGAAACUGGCUCCCGGUCUUGGAGACGGUCACCCUGCUGUCCUUGUUUGAGGUGAGGGAGGUGACCUCAGAGGACGUUGAGUCAUGUCACUGGACUCGCCGCGUUGUCAAAGCUGGCUGGUCCAUCCGCCUUUCAGGAACCAGAGACUCACAACAUACUUCUACAUAUGCGAAGCGCCAUCUUAUACACCGCGGUGCUGGAGGAACGAAGCAAGUUUUCUCGCGGACCCGCGAUGACUGUCGGAGCCCUGGGCCUGUAUCCCCAAAGUUAAUAUCGCUCUUCCUGCCGACGCUGGCGGCGAACCAUUUCCUGAAGCGCAACAACGGCGAUGACGAGGAGGUCAUGGCGGCGUGCAGGCGGACGGCCAACACCUUUAUCGAGAGAGGCUUUCAGCGUUUCCGCAACUAUGCAUGA